ACGUGAGCGACACUGAGCAUCAGCAGAGGGCAGCACUCUAUUUACACACCGCUUGGGGGGAAAAAAAGACAACAGUAGUGUUUUCAAAGGGACAACUUAACGUUUUAUCGAGCUUGUUCUCAUGCUUACAAAGUUUCUUCAUUGUAAUAUUCAUUAGAAAGUGCAGUAGAUACAAUACUUACAUAUCUGGCUUUACAUCCGGUGUAAGACAUGAAGAAAUACAGAGAGCAAUGGAGAGUACACUCUGUGUUUUGAGUGACAACGAAGACUUCCAAACGCUGAUAUCAAACACUGCGAACAGUCUCCACUUCGAAAGGUCUAAGACGUUGUUUGAGGAAAUUCGUGCUUCCAUUAACAGCAAUGAUGAAGAGGACCGCUCCUUUUGGAGGCCUGUGCUACCUUGGGGUGGCGUCCUCACCAUUAAGGCAGGACGCAAAGCCCUGUCAUGCACCCCCCUGUACGUGAAAAUCAACCUUAAAAACACAUGCACCAUCGAUGGCUUCCUCAUGAUCCUGUAUGUGAUCCUGCGGGAAAACCAGGGCUUUCCCAGGGAGCUGGCAGUCUUCCUCGGCAAACCGUUUGUGGAGCAUUUCCUCUACCUGAUGGACUCCUGUGACUACACCACGGUGAAGAUGCUGUGGAUCUGGGACAGGAUGUCUAAAAGGCAGUACCGCUCUGAGAUCCGCCAGGCAGCGCUGGUGAUCGACCUGUUUGGUAAUGAACACAGGAACUUCACAGAGAACCUAGAGAACCUCAUGUCCAACAUACAGGAGAGCCUGUGCACCAACUGGAGCUGCCCAACCCGCUUCCAGGAGUCCAUCAAGACUACAAUCAACAUCAGCCCUCCUCAUGAGCUGCCUCACAGAGACCCCAUUCAGUCGGCCGUAGACGAGUUCUUCUGCCCCAAGCUCGUACUCUGCUCACAACUGGGGUGUGAUGGUCUGAGAGAAUUCUCUCAGAGGGUUUUCUGCCAUGGACCUCCACCCUUUGUCAUUCUUAACAUGCAGCAGUGGAAGUCAGAGGAACUGUCCUAUGUCCCAUACCAUCUGGCUCUCUGUCAGCACAGAUAUUCACUGGAGGGCGCCACACUCUUCAACAAGGAGGAGCAUCACUACUCUGCAGCCUUCCAGAUAGACGGCUGCUGGAUGCACUAUGACGGUCUGAGGGGAGACAAUCUGAUCCUGCUACACAAGCCGCCAGAGCUCCUGCUGCUGUCCUCUCUGGUCUACAUACGCACGUCUGACAAGUGAACUCAAAGCAUUAGUCCACCCCUCUUACAAAUCUUUCGUUACAGCAAUACCUUUUAAUUACGUGUUAUGAUUUUGAUUUAAGAAAAUAAUAUAAUUCUUGUCAGCUAUUGCUUCCUAUGUUCCACCUGAACACUUGCAGAAAUCUUACUGUGCCAAAAAGAAAUAACUUCUUUUUGGCCAUGCUUGGAAUCCAAGAAUGUAUUGGACUAUAAUAGUUCUAGGUUGAUUUGCAUAAAUCAAGCACAUCUUUGGCAUAUACAGUUGAGUACCUGAUAAGCAGCCUCGUACAAGAGAUGAUCUAUCACAUUCCCGUCAAAUUUUGAUGUUUAACUUUUUUCUUUUCUUUUCUUUUUUUUUUUUUUUACAUUUAUGCCUUUUCCUACAAUAAAAAAGGGUGCUUUUUCUAUUUACACUUUGGUCUGAAGUCCAACUUAACAAGGCCAAGGUUCAUGUCAGGUUAAUAUGUUGUUGAAGAUGUUUAAAUUGUAGGCAAGCAUUUAAUAUGAUGAGUACAUGUUAAAAUACAAAGAUUGAGGGCAGUCUGAAAUGGGGCUUGGCGAUAGUCUUAGCAAAAGCACUUCAUAAAUGCAAGGACUGGGUAUCAAAUAUAAAUAUAUCAAUAUUUUGGACGCAAUUGCAAACAUCUUCGGGAUGACUGUUUGUACUUUAAAGGUGCAAUACGUAUAUUGGUUUAAACAUUCAGGAAUUAACCAAAAAUAUCAACAGAAUGUGAAGACAUAACAGUUUUGAUGUUACAAUGAGAAUGUGUAUGUAUUUUGUUGCAGAGAUAUACACUGAAGUAGCAUGCUAACCAGCUAGCCCUGUGCUGCACUGCUGUGCAAGCAGUGUAAACAGCCAAACUCCCCAGGUGGUCCAGCUUACUGCACUGCUAACUAAGCUAACUAUCUGACAGAGACUACAGUCAUGGAACAGAAUGCAGCUAGGGGCAGUUGGCAGCUACUUUGACCGUACAAAUUCAACAGGUAGCUAAUCUUUACAUAUUGCUCCUUUAACGUAAUUAGAUUUUUGAUAAAUAAUUAUCAGUAAUGGGGAUAUAAUGAUGAAGUGGGUAGUAUCAAAUCAUCAUCAGUAUCAAAGGAUGAUACUUAUGUCAUAUCCCAAUAUUACAAUAUAAUAUUGGUAUAUUGACCAGCCCUAAUGUCUCUUUUCUGACAUUACAAGCUUAAAUGUAACCUGUUUAGCUUCUAGAGCACUGAGCAUUUGAGUUUAAGCAUUAGCUCAGCACACCACUGUCACUAUCACAGGGAAUAUGUAUUUGCAUGUUUGUUUUUUAUAUAACCUCAGUGCCUCUGCAAAGGGACAUGUUGGAAAGGAAAUCCUGUCAAAUGUAAAUCCUUUAUCAUGAUGAGUUUUCAAUUGCUGUUUUUCUACACUGAGACUGACUUUGAAAUGCAAAUACAAAUAUUUUGGAGUA